UAUUGUUUGGAGGUUUUAAGUAGAGAGCUUAACAUUAUGUAACUGUAACGUUAACGCUGGAAAACCACGCACAGGACGGCUCCACUAAAACAUUUUCAUCAGCUGCUGUACACAUAAAAUAUUCCUGUGUGUGUCCAAAGGGAUUAAAGCAGAGACGCUGCCAUGCUGGAGGACAGACAGCUUCAGGACAUUCAGUACUUUCACAGGGCGACCUGACAUUCCUGCACAACAUUACCAAAGAAAUGCAAACUACAGUCUGACAGAAGUCUGUUUAUAUUGAAACACAGGCAUGGCUGCUGCUUUGUUCAGAAGAGGAACAGGCUUGUGUGUAAGAUGUAUUCACAGGGAGUUGUGCAGAAUGAUAUGGAGGCCACAAACAGCGUUUUUCAGCUCCAAGGCAUCAGACAGAAAGCAACCACGCAGAACACACAUCAAGAAAGCCAAGCCUCAGCCAGCAUUGGAUGUCGCUAAACUCCUGGAGCAACUCUUCUCCCAACGCAGGCCGGGCACAGCGCCUCCUGAUGCUCGACCAACCAAAGGCUCCUCCAUGCCUACCAAACCUCCUACCAUCUCCUCAAAGGUCUCCACCUCAAAUGUUCCUUCUUUGUUAAAGACAGAGACUGCUGCUUCUAGUGUUCCCCAGAAGACUACAUCUACUUUUAAUGCUGCACCUCUAUCCCCUCAACCAAAAUCAGCAUCUUCAACAAACCCAAAGACUUCCUCUGAAACACCACAGCAGUACCCUCAUGAUUUAAUUCAGGGAUUUGCAGCUGACAGUGUUUCCAGUGUGACUCUAACCAGCACAGCACCUGCAUCAUUAGGACCAGAAGCAGCUGCAAUAGGAGGACAAACCUCGACUGAAGCAGUAGAAACCAAUGUAGAAACAGCUACAGAGCCAGUUGAACUCAAAACUGACACAGUGCUACCCUUAUCAGCUGCUAUAGUAGAACCCUCAAUAGAAACUACAACAGAAUUACCAGUAGAGCCUAUCAUGUCAACACUAGAAGGUAGAGCUGCUGUUGUUGAAGGUCCAGUAGAGCCUACAGUAGAUGUUCCAGCUGAGGACGUACAAACCAAAGGCACAGACUCAGGAAUGGUUGACAUCUUACAAACUGCCAAAGUAGAACCCUCAAUAGAAACUACAACAGAAUUACCGGUAGAGCCUUUCAUCUCUCAUGUGGAAACACUAGAAGGUAGAGCUGCUGUUGUUGAAGGUCCAGUAGAGCCUACAGUAGAUGUUCCAGCUGAGGAUGGACAAACCAAAGGCACAGACUCCGGAGUGGUUGAUAUCUUACAAACUGCCAAAGUAGAACCCUCAAUAGAAACUACAACAGAAUUACCGGUAGAGCCUUUCAUCUCUCAUGUGGAAACACUAGAAGGUAGACCUGCUAUUGUUGAAGGUCCAGUAGAGCCUACAGUAGAUGUUCCAGCUGAGGACGUACAAACCCAAGGGACAGACUCCGGAGUGGUCGAUAUCUUACAAACUGCCAAAGUAGAACCCUCAAUAGAAACUACAACAGAAUUACCAGUAGAGCCUUUCAUCUCUCAUGUGGAAACACUAAAAGGUGAAGGUGCUAUUGUUGAAGGUCCAGUAGAGCCUACAGUAGAUGUUCCAGCUGAGGAUGUACAAACCAAAGGCACAGACUCAGGAGUGGUCGAUAUCUUACAAACUGCCAAAGUAGAACCCUCAAUAGAAACUACAACAGAAUUACCAGUAGAGCCUUUCAUCUCUCAUGUGGAAACCCUAGAAGGUAGAGCUGCUAUUGUUGAAGGUCCAGUAGAGCCUACAGUAGAUGUUCCAGCUGAGGACGUACAAACCAAAGGCACAGACUCCGGAGUGGUCGAUAUCUUACAAACUGCCAAAGAAGAACCAUUAAUAGAAACUGCAAUAGAUUUACAAGUAGAGAUCAGCCAUGUUCCUCUGGAAACACUAGAGAGUAGAGCUGCUGAUGUUGUGGGUCCAGUAGAGCCUACGAUAGACGUCACAGUAGAAGCAGCAGCUGAAAGCACAAACUCAGGAGUGGCUGACAUUUCACACACUGCAUCAGUAGAACUCUUGUUAGAGACUACAGUUGAACCACCAGUAGAUGCAACAGUAGAUGCUCUUGCAAUACAAACCAACAGCACAGACUCAGGAGUGGUUACAGUCGUUAUACACAGUGCCAAAGAUGAACCUUUGAUAGAAACUACAAUUGAAGCAGCGGUGGAGGCCAGCACCUUGCCUCUCGAGAGUGGAGCUGUUGUUUCUAAAGGUCCAGUAGAGCCUACAAUAGAUAAAGAAGCAGCUGACAACCUCUCACACACUGCCUUAGUCCAAGAUGUGCAAGAAUCUGCACCCUUACCCUUAACAAAUGAAGCAGAGUCAACCUUAGGAAGUGUUGCCUUGGAGGAAGGAGUGAACAGGUCUGAACAAAUGACUUUAGAGUCUGUAACACUUCAUGUAGUUAGGGGUCUAGUAGGGUCUUUAAAAACCCAAGAACUCCUCCAAACAAAAGAUGCUCUUGAUGAAGAAGCGGAAAAACAGCUACAGGAGUUGUUAGUCCAGACAGGGACUGAAGCUGAAUACAAAGCUGCAGCUGAAACUGGGAGUUCAAGUGAGGAUGAGAGUGAAGAUCUAACUAAAGCUCUUUCAAAAUGGAUCUCUCUGUCCGAAGAUCUUCAAGAGUUAGAAGGAGAAAGCGCCACAUUAGUGACGGAGCAUCUCUGUCACGUUCCUGCAGUGCUUUCCAAAACCCCCACCGUUGUAGAAACAAGUUCAACCUCUGAUCCAGCUGUGGUAGCAAAUGGAGAGUCUAUGCAAGUGGAGGAGAAGGGAACCGAAGCAGAAGCCAUGUCACUGGAAUCAAUAACUUUAGCAAAAGUGAAGGCUGAAGUUGGAGGUCUUGAAGCUGAAGUUCUGCUAGAAACAAGUAAUGCACUUGAGAAAGAAGCCGAGGCACUAGCAAAAGAGGAGAAGAUGGAAGUUAAGACCACAAUAGAAGACGUUGAGGUUUUUGAGGACACAACAGAGGCUGACAUUUUAGCAUUAGAUUCCAUCUCUGAAGCUACAGAAGCAAUAGAAGCUGAGACAUCCAUUAUAAUGGAGGCCAUGUUCGGCUCUGAGCAAGGACCGAGGCAGCCACCUGACACUUUACUUGUGGUUCAGACAGAGGACUCCAGGGAGCAGGAAGGGACAUUGGAGGCCAUGACUCUUGAGUCUGUGACUCUGGCUGAAGUUGAAGCCUCUUUGGGAACUCUGGAGAACGAGUCUCUGAGUGAAACCACAGAUUAUCUAGAGAAAGAAGCUGAAAUCUUUGCUGAAGAGAAGAGGAUGGAGAUAGAUGAUGGGGUGGCAUCGGAAGAGAUGGCCGAGGCUCCAAAGAUUGAGUCUUUGUUUCUCCCUGAAGAUGAUGCUCUGUCUGAAGCACUGCAGACAGACACACUGAUGGGGGAGCUUCUCUUUUCUAUUCCUGGGCACGUUACGGGAGUAACAGAAGACCCGAUUGGUCAGGAAGUUGUGAGAAUGGAUAUUUUGGAUGCAACAGUUGCCACUGGGUCUAUUGAUGUUGAUUCAGCGACUGCAGUGACAGAUGAUUUUCCAGCAUCUCCUGCUGUGAAGGAGGUGCUGCUGGGACAGGAUGAGGGAGCCCAGACUGCAGCCUUGGGAAAUGAAGAUGUUAAAGGGACACACACAGAUUUAGAUCCAGUACAGAGACUCUUCCUGGAGAAGAUCAAAGAAUACGACAACAUGCGCAGGUUGAGUGGAGGACUGUUGGAGGCGGAGCCAGAUUACGUAAAAUACCUGUCAGAGGAGACCGCUAAGCUCCAGAGACUUUAUGGAGGAGGAGACCUGAGCAACUUCCCCGAGUUCACCUUCACCGAGCCCGAAAUGGACCAGGACUCCAAAUGAUCCAUGACGCUCUACCUCCUACUCUUUAUGCCCUCUUCUCCUUAGGCCUGUCCUCUCUGACUUCCUCCUCCAUUACCUCCUCAUUUUACUACAUGAGAGGAUGUAGAGAGAGGGAGAGAAGAAACACAGGAAGCGUGUGAUUAUUAUGCCAUUAAAAUGUAUUCCUGGUUGUUUGUUUGUGCCGUGCAAUAAUGAUAGCAACACAUUUAUUUCAUAAAAAGCUGCACUUUGAAAAGAGUCUUCUGUACUCUGAUGUUAAAGAUGUGUGUGUAUGUGUGUGUUUGUGUAAAAUGCAAUUAAAGCA